AUGUUAUUGCUCAAGACCGGUACAUCUCCACUCUUGAGAAGUCCAUUGCAGAACUAUCUAAAGCUUCCACAUCAUCCUCUACCUCUCCCUUUCAAGCAUUCAGUGAGCAAGUUCAACGCCAAUUGGAUUCAUUGCGAUCAGAAAUUGGAAAUAUCUCAAAAUCCAAUUCCCAGAAAGAAAAUAACUCCUCAGGUGCUUCUCAAAAGGAAAUCUUCAGAGAUAUCGCCUGAAGAAAGAAGUACAUGGCAUGGUGAAGAAUUUCGAGCACCAUCUCCUAAAAGAACCAUCUUCUUCAAUCCUGAUAGAGAUUCUUAUCAAAAGAUCAAGGUCAUCAAGCCCACAAAUUCCUUCACACCUCCUUCAGACCUCACUAAAGAAAACAGGGAUAUUCCUGCACCCCCGAAUGGUAUGAAGUUCAAUUUAUGGCCAAGUGCAAUUUAUCCAGUUGAGCCCGAUGUAGAAAUUGAAGAUGUGAAGAAAGGAUUCUUCCUGAAGAAACCAAUUCAAGUUGUCUCUGUAUGGGCGAGUACAGAUAAAGCUUAUGCAGAUGUCCUACAAUGCCUAAGGCAAUAUGUGCUCGACAUGGUUAUUGAUUUCAACGUUGACUGGGAGAUUGGACAACUAGGAGAAAAGGAAGCCGUGGAACCAAACUUGGAUCUAAAUAUGAAAAAUGAGUCACCUGGGAACAUUCUAAAGAAACCACACAGAGGUGUUGUAUUCUCUUCUAAAGGUCGACUGAAAUUCAUGAGAAUUUCUCAAAAACAUCUAUUCUCUUCUGAAUUUAUUCAAGGUAUCAUCAGUUUAUUGAAGAGAAUAGGAGAUCAAGAUGAGUCGCUGAGAGUGAAGAUCAUUGAAGAACUUACUUGGUUUUUAAGUUUUUGA